AUGUAUGCCGAGGAGUACAAUGGCACCACCACCGAAGCCAACUUCGGUUGGGACACCGACUCUGACAACUUGAACGUCUUCUACGAUACUGGGAACAUGUGCUUCCUGCUCGUGUGCGCCGCGCUCGUUUUGCUCAUGAUCCCCGGUGUCGGUCUCUUCUACAGUGGUCUCGCCCGUCGCAAGUCCGCCCUUGAGCUCCUCCUCCUCUCCAUGCUCAGCUGCGCCGUCGUGAGCUUCCAGUGGUUCUUCUGGGGCUACUCCCUCACCUUCUCCCGCACUGGAAACUCCUUCCUUGGUGAUCUCUCCAUGAUUGGUCUCCAGAAGACAAUGGCCCAGCCCAAUGGCUCCAGCGCUCUCCCUGACAUUCUCUUCUGUCUCUACCAGGGCAUGUUCGCUGCCAUUACUCCUGCUCUGGCCAUUGGCGCCGUCGCUGACCGUGGCCGCAUCCUCCCUGCGCUCGUCUUCUUCUUCAUCUGGACCACCGUCGUCUACGACCCCAUCGCCUACUGGACCUGGAACGCCAACGGCUGGCUCUUCAAGCUGGGGUCCCUCGACUUCGCCGGCGGCGGCCCCGUCCACAUCUCCUCCGGCUCCGCCGCCCUCGCCUACUCCCUCAUGCUCGGCAAGCGUACCGGCUACGGCAACAACGCCGGCAUGCCCUGGAGGCCGCACAACGUCACCAACGUCGUCAUCGGCACCGUCUUCCUCUGGGUCGGCUGGUUCGGCUUCAACGGCGGCUCCGCCCUCGCCAUGAACAUCCGCGCCAUCGUCGCCUGCUUCAACACCAACUUGGCCGCCUCCAUGGGCGGUCUCGCCUGGGUCCUCCUCGAUCUCCGCCUCGAGGGCAAGUGGUCCACCAUUGGCUUCUGCUCCGGCGCCAUCUCCGGCCUCGUCGUCAUCACCCCCGGCGCCGGCUUCGUCACCCCCUGGGGUGCCCUCAUCAUGGGCGUCGUCGGCGGCAUCGUCUGCAACUUCGCCACCAAGCUCAAGUUCCUCAUCGGUAUUGACGAUGCUCUCGAUAUCUUCGCCGUCCACGGCAUCGGCGGCAUGGUCGGUAACAUCUGCACCGGCGUCUUCGCUGCCUCCUGGAUCGCCGGCCUCGACGGCACCAGCCCGGAGCCCCUCGGCUGGAUCGAGCACCACUGGGUCCAGAUGGGCUACCAGUUCGCCGGCACCUGCGCCGCCUUCGCCUGGUCCUUCGGCCUCACCUGCCUCAUCCUCUUCCUCAUCAACCUCGUCCCCGGCCUCUCCCUCCGCGCCUCCCCCGAGGACGAGGAGCUCGGCAUGGACGACGUCCAGCUCGGCGAGUUCGCCUACGACUACGUCGAGAUCACCCGCCACCUCACCGACACCGCCAGCAGCACCAACGGCAUCGAGACCAAGUCGGAAUAA